CUUAUCAAUCAAUUGCACUUGACUCACUGGACCUUUUCAUCCUAUUUUUCAGGAUUACCAACUCCGUUCUUGGUUGAUGAUUGUAUCUCAUCAUGGUCAAUCGCAGUUUCCAGUUUCCUCUAGGAAUUGGAACCGACAUAUGCAAAAUAUCCAGGAUUUACAAUAUUUUGGCAUCCAAACAAGGUCCCAAAUUUGUAAACAAACUCCUCACAGAGCAAGAACGGCAGCAGCCUAGGUCACAACAAAUUCUUAAUGACGCCUUCUCGGUUAUGCAUGAUCAGAUGAAGUCGCUAGAUCAACCGUUUGUUUUUCGGUUUACCAGAAGCGAACAGGAACGGUUCAUUCCAGCAUUGCAGAAGGCUGCCGAGUUCAUAGCUGGCCGUUUCGCGGCCAAGGAAGCAGCUAUCAAGGCGCAUACCAGCCGGAAGCUGUCUUUUCACAGCAUUGAGAUACGACGUCAGGCGCUGGCGGAACCAGAGAGCACGAUGGCCGACUUGCGGGGAGAGGAUGGCGCCGCAUCGGAACCGCAGACCUCGGAGCAGCAGCUGUCGAGUGGGCCUCCUAUUGCGGUUAUACGAGGGAGAAAAGAUGGAGACAAGGACCAGGUCGCGUUGCUGAGUAUCAGUCAUGAUGGAGACUAUGCUACGGCUGUGUGUUUGGCUUACUUGGGGGAAAACGCUUCAUGAGAGAGGCGCGUGGAACUAGUCUAGUCAUUGAGAUUCCAAGUCCCAUGAGAUGGCUACUGCAAUGAGCUUGUAAGGCAGUGAGUCUCGGUCAACUCAAGGGCAACCACACUUCGUCUUACAAGUGCUAGGCAGAAUGCAAGCACAAUUUGUCCAGAGUUGAGCCAGCUGCAUGCAUUCGGUAUGGGGUAUGGAGAUGACUCGAAGUCCACAGCCUACAGACAAAGUUGAAGCAAUAUACGAGAGCAAGCUUUCUUGGAUG